UAUCUACAUCUCAGACGUUUACCUUUGUUCUUCAAAAAGUGGUGUCCAUUGCUUGAAGAGUUUGGCAAUGAUUCAUCUUUGUGUACUUGUCCUGCUCUCAGCUUUAGGUGGCACUUCAGAGAUUGACAUUCCAUGUCUUAAUGGACUGAAGUCCAUUCCUAACGGGGGAAAUAUUCAUUUGACCUGCUUUUUUUCAUCGGCUGAUGCAUCCGCGACUACAUGGUUCAAACAGGUUCCAGGAGAAAAGCCUCUUCUCAUUGCUUCUGCUUUUCAUUCUGGAAAAGUCACAUAUCAUAACAACGCUAACAAAAGAGGCCACUUUAAUGCAUUGAGAGAUAGAAGCAGUUUUAAUCUGAGUAUCUCAAAUGCAGAACCAUCUGAUUCAGCUACAUAUUACUGUGCUGUUGCAUAUUAUGCGAGUGUGGCCUUAUUAGACUGCACAGUUUUAGUCCUCAAAGGUUCAUCAAGUCUCUCUGCUGUUCUCCAGCCUCCUGUAUCAGAUCCUGUUGAACUGGGAGGAGAUACAACUUUGCAGUGUUCAAUACUCACAGAUGUGUCUGCAGGAGAUCACAGUGUGUACUGGUUCAGACAUGGAUCAGGAGAAUCUCAUCCAGGAAUCAUUUACACUCAUGGAAACAGGAGUGAUGAGUGUAAGAAAAGCUCUGAGACUGAUUCUCCUACACAGAGCUGCGUCUACAAACUCCCCAAGAGAAACCUCAGCCUCUCUGAUGCUGGAACUUACUACUGUGCUGUGCUCAUGUGUGGAGAGAUCAUCUUUGGGAAAGGAACUAAACUGGACUUUGAAGAGAAAUGUGCUUUGGUCCCAACCAUUGUGGUGUUAGUGGUGUCGAACAUCAUCGCUCUGAGUGUGGCUUUGUUUAUGUGCAGAAAACACAGCAGUCAUCAUAAAGAUGCUGCUGAAGCUCAUGCGUAUCAGCCUGCAUGUGGGGAAGCUUCAUACUUUGCAGCAGACACUUUCAUCAGAGAUGAACCACAGCAGAAGACUGAAGAUGUGAACUCUAAAGUCAUUUAUUACCAACAAAACUGAACUUUAUAAAGUUUAGAAGACUUUCUCUCCUUUCUGCGCUGAUGAUUGCAGACUGAGGAAUAACUGGCUAACAGAUAUUAAUGCAGUGUUUUUUAGCAUAUUGGUAUCAUUAGUAGUAGCUAUAGAAGUAGUAGUGUUGUUGUCUUGGUACAGUAAAACAAAAUAAUAGUGAGUCAGUAAAGUGCUAAUCUGAGUAGUGUAUAUUUGAAUGUGUGUGUUCUGAAUAAAAGAGAUUUUUAGGUAA